AGCCGGCCGACACGUGAGCAGACGGGGGCGGAGGCGGCUUCUUAGGCAGCGGCGGGCGCCGGUACUGGGCCUUGUUGGUCGCCGCCGCCGCCGCUGCCGCCGCCUCGCCCUCCGCGCGCUUCUCCGCCAUCGCCCCGAAGCGCUCGCCGCCGCCGCCGCCGCCCGGGAGGCGGGCAGGAGAGGAGGGCGCCAUGCCGGGCGCGCUGCGGGAGGAGACGGCGCAGCUGCUGGGCGACUACCUGCAGCACCGGCUGGGGGCCGCGCCGCCGCUGCCGCCGCCGAGCCGCACGGCCGAGACGCUGCGCCGGGUGGCGGACGAGCUGGAGAGCCGCGAGCGCCUCUUCUUCCGCAACGCCUGCAGCGCGGCCGCCCUGCCGGAGCCGGGCGAGGCGGCCGCCUUGCUGGGCCGGGUGGCCACGCAGAUGGAAGCCGAGGGCGGCCUCAACUGGGGCCGGGUGGUGGCGCUGGUCGUGUUCGCCGGCAACCUGGCGGCGGCGCUGGCCGAGCGGGGGGCUCCGGACCACAGCGGCGCGCUGGUCGAGGCGCUGGCCGCCUACCUGGCCGAGGAGCGGCGGGACUGGCUGGAGGCGCACGGCGGCUGGGAUGGCUUCUACCACUUCUUCAAUAAGCAUGGCUCGGAUGCAGCUGACCAGAACAGCACCAUCAGCAACGCUAUUAUGGCGGCGGCGGGAUUUGGCCUGGCAGGAUUGGCUUUUCUUUUGGUGGUGCGAUAGGAACCCACAACAUCGGCGGAGACUUAGACUGCAGGGAGAUGGGAUGGGUGGGCACGCUCCUUUCUUAAACUGCUAACAUCCCAGGAAACGUCCAUUCUAUAUUUCUACAACGGUCGAAGAUAGAAGCCUAUAUAUAAAUAUAUAUUUUUAACUAGAGUCGGGGCAAAAAUUAGUUGAGCACACAUCACCUCCUGGCACAACCAAUGGUUGGUGAAUGCCUCUUUGCGCUCAUCCUAAGACUGGGCAUCUUUUGGAUCUCGGCGUUAGGGCUGUCACCUCGUCACCAUUUGUUCUGGGAACCGUUGGGAGUGCUGGGUGUUAAUGCUACUUGUUCAUGGUGGGCUUGUGAUGGAACCAAGUGGAAGACGUGUUUGCCUUUCUUCUUUGUGUGCGUGUGUAUGGUGCGGUGGGGAAGGGAGGGGAGGGGAGGUGGGCAGGAGGGAUCAUUGCCUUGUGAAAUGUGAGCCAGUAUUAAUAAGAAUGAAGAGCUUAUUCCUCUUGGGGAGCAAUGCAAAUCAUACGGAGGUCACUCAAUAACAUAAACUUGCAAGUUCCAUGUUGCACAGAGCAUUAUAGCUUACGUGUUUUUGUUAUAAUGACAUAACUCUUAAGUUACACUACAAGUAGAUGUUGAGAAUGUUGAUACCAAAACAGUAGAGGCUGCAGAACCAGUUCUUAACUGAAGUUGUUUAACUAUUAAAAGAAAAAGAAAACCUUUUUAAAAUUGGUAUAUUUGGAAGUCCAUUGAAGGCUGGGAUUUCCGUGGAUUUCCUGUCAAAUCCAGAAACUCCAUAUAACUUAAUAUAUUUUUGAAGUAUUUAUCAUUGUAUAAUACUGGUAGCUGGUUAACAUCUAUUUUUGUUAAAUUCCAUUUUUUUAAAAAGAAAAGCUCUCCAGUUGCUUUCUUGGCUGUAUCUGUCUUAUAACUUGUUUAACAGUUCUAGUUUUGGUAAUUGAUAGACUGUGUAUUGUACAAAAUAGUCUUUGAGAAGUGUUCUGUGUCCUUUCCUUUAGCUUGUACAGUUUUAAUAUGUGAAUAAACAUAACUGAAUAUUUUUAUUUUAAACAA